AUGUCGAAUCAAGCAGCGACAGAAAAAGAAAUGACAACGAUGGCGGAAGAGGAACUAAGCAGGCUGCAAAGGCAGCUGAGAAUCAUGGAGGAAGACCGCAUGGCCUACGCGGACGAAGCGAGGAUAAAGCUGGAACGGCAAAGGAAAUUCAUAAAAGUGUUGCGUGAAGAAAAAAGCAAGAUAGAGGAGGAUCUCAGGGUGGCCACGUGUAAGAGUCAUGCGAAAAAGGAUUGGAAGUACGCUAAAAGUGUUGAAGGUUUGUUGAUAAAGCACAAAAAAUAUUGCAAUGAAAUUGAUGAAUAUAAAAGUGAGAUAAGGGCUAUUGAUGAUCAGCACAAAAAAGUCGAAGCCCAAAUUAAAAAAUUGCGCUUAGAAAACUUGGUGUCCGAAGAUGAAUACCAGUAUCGCAUUAAAUCCGGCAAUAAUUCUGUUAAAUGUUUAGAGAAUCGUUUGGAAAAUACUGUGAAGAAAUUCUGCAACACAAUAGUGGAUAAUAAGGAUCUGCGCGAGGAAAUUGAUCAUCUAUUAGUGGAAAGAUGCCAGUUCAAUUAUACGUGGGAGCAAUUACUUCAGGAUUUAAAGUAUGGAAAAAAGUUGAUGAUGGACUUGAUAGACCAGGCAACUUUGGCUUACGAUCAACGCGAAGAGUGGAGCUCGAAAUUGGAGGCGUUAAAGAAACGCGCUGACCAAGAUUUAGAGGUUCACACGGAAGAAAUGCGGGAAAUAAAGAGAAAACUGGACCACGACAAUCGUUUAAAAGACUUCCUAUGUAUUAAAGGCCAAAAAAGGAUCCUACGCGAUUUGGAGGAAAAAGAAAGAAUAAAAAGAGAGGUAGAAGAGCAAUGUAUGGCCGACCAAUUGAAGACGUACGAAGAAACUUUAAGGCAAAUAAGAAGUUACUGUGAUGAAGAAAACGUGGAUAGAAUGGCGGCUUUAUACGUGAAACAAGAGGAAGAAAACUUUGCUUUGUUUAACUACGUCAACGAGUUAAGUCACGAAAUUGAGGAGUAUGAGACAAUCAAUGAAAAUUUGGCUGAGAAGAUUGAGGAGCAAAAGAAGUUGGCUGAAGAAAGGGCAAAGGAUAGCAACAUCACCGUGGAUAAUCUUGAGGUUGAGCUGACCGAGGCCAAGAAAACUGCUAUUAAAGCUGAGGAAGAGUUUAAGACGACUGAAAAUAGGAUAAAAAUGGUUCUGGGUGGGAUUUUGGAGGUUUUUGCCAUGCUUAAAUGUGAACGGGGUCCAAUAUUAGAACUACUACAGGACGAGGAAGUCAACUUUCAAAACGCCAUGUUUUAUUUGGGUAACAUUGAUAAAAAGGUGACUGAAUUGCUAUAUUCCAUGCAUAAUAUGUCGAAAACAAUAAAGAAGUAA